GUCAAAAAAAUAACCUAAAAUAUUUUGACACGAGGUCUUUUCCUUUCUUUCUCGCUUUUUACUCGAAGAUGGGUAUUAGCCGUGAUAGUGCACACAAACGACGUGCCACUGGUGGCAAGCGCAAGUCGCUCCGCAAGAAGCGCAAGUUCGAGUUGGGUCGUCCUGCUGCCAACACCAAGCUUGGUGGUGCCCGCGUGCACAAAGUCCGCACUCGUGGUGGUAACACCAAGUUGCGCGCUCUGCGUCUGGAAACCGGCAAUUUUGCAUGGGCUUCCGAAGGUGUCGCACGCAAGACCCGUAUUGCCGAUGUUGUGUACAAUGCCUCCAACAACGAGUUGGUGCGCACCAAGACGCUGGUGAAGAACAGCAUUGUGGUCAUCGAUGCCACGCCAUUCCGCCAAUGGUAUGAAUCACAUUACGUUUUGCCCCUGGGCCGUAAGCGCAAUCCCAAGCACGCCCAGAAGGAGGACGAGAAUGAUGUUCUGACCAAGAAGCGCAGCGAAAAGGUCAUGAAGAAGUAUCUGGAGCGCCAAAAGUUCGGCAAGGUUGAACAGGCUGUUGAAGAUCAAUUCACUUCUGGUCGCAUCCUGGCUUGCAUUUCCUCCCGCCCUGGACAAUGCGGUCGGUCCGAUGGCUACAUUCUGGAAGGCAAGGAAUUGGAAUUCUACCUUAAGAAGAUCAAGUCUAAGAAAUAAACGCAUUAGAUUAACAGGCAGAUUUUUAUAGAUUUGCACCAGAGAAAAAAAUAAAACGGCUUGUUUUUUAUAGGAAAAGACAAUUGAAACUUAA